UAUUAAAAACCUCUAUUGGGCUAAAGUCGACUCUGUCUCCGUUCGCCCAAAAAUGCUCUGUGUGUCUCUGCUGCCAUAGUCACAUUCGGUAAGACUUCUUACAACUCUCUUGCUUGGGUGUCAACUGUGGAUUUCUGUGCAUGGGGUUCGAUUUCUUGGAAGUUUCUAUGUUCUUAAAAGCAGAGAUAAUUUUUGUGGAAUUGGUCUCUUCCAAUUGAAAACGAGUUUCAGUUCAAAUACCAUCAUUCAUUUAAGCUAUAAUGAACUUCAGAUAAUGUGGUAUACAUAAAUGGAUUUUGGUAGGAGGAUAUACACGAGGAGGCAGUGGGGCAACUUUUCUAGAGAGUGGAAUGAGGAGAAGAAGAAAAAGAAACUAAAUGAGAUUAACAAUCACGGUUGUAGGGAGGGUGGUGUUGAUGGGAAAGGUGUCAGCCUUCCAGUUCUAGUGGGCAGUGAUGAAGGAGAAGAAGUUGAUGGAUCCCCUGAUGGAAUGGUGGGAGUAAAUGUUAGGGACAAAACUGCGGCUAGUAUGGAGGUGGAGAGUGAGGGUAGCAUUGAUUAUGAUGAGUUAAAGAAGGUUAAGAAAAGGAGGAGGAAAUUUGUCACUGAAAAGAAUGAUGACGUUGGUGAAAUUCUGCUCAAAUCCUCCAACAACAUGGAAAAUGGUAUGGGGAAUGAGAAAAUUGGGAAGAAUAAUGUUUCUUUAGGAGACGAAGGAGGGUGCCGUCAUGAACCGGGGAAGGAACGGGGGGACGAAUCCUGUGGGGGUAUGUUGAAUGACAACAAGUGUGAUUACGCUGAUGAUGAUUAUGCUUUGUUCUUGGAUAAAUAUGUGACUUGUAGAGACAUGUUGAAAAUUGGGGGCAGUAUGGGUAAUGCUGCAAGGGAGAAGAAUGAUAUCUGUUUUGAUUCCAUCGAGUUCCUCUGUAAAUCUCUCGAUCUUUUAUCCGGUAAUACAGAAAACGCGGAUAAGAAAGUGGAGGGAAGCAAUGGUAAUAAUGUUAGUCUCAUGGUUGAUGAAGAGGAGGUGGAUGAUGUCACUUGGAUUGCGAAGAAAGAUUUUGUUCUCAAUCAACGGAAUAAGAUUGACAAGAAAUCGGGAAACCUUAAAAACAAAUGCAUGACAAGGAGGGAUGAUGGUAGUAAGGCGGCACCCGAUGACAGUAUUGCUUAUCGUCUUAGGUCAUGUUUGGCCUCCAAGUUUACAGUGAAGGAAAAUAAACUUAUUAAAAACAGUCUCCCUGCUUCUAAAGAUGGCACUAAAUCUGAGUCUUCAUUUGAUGUUGAGGCCAAAGAAGAUGAUAAAUGCGUGAAGAAAAACAAUGUUUGUGCUCAUGAUAGGAAGAAAGUAAAGCAUCUGAGUAAAUGGAGGAGGUCACAAUGCGGGAGGGGAGAUCCUCAGUUCAAGAAAAUACUUCUUGACUCUAUAUGGGGGAGGAAUGUGGAUCUCACAAAGAAUGAUAUGCACUUUUCCCGAGAGAAUAUUUAUAAACUUUUACCUCUAAAGUUCUGGUUUGGGGAUGAAGAUCCCGCUCCACCUGAAAAAAGCAAAUCAGAGAAAGAAACUGAAGGCCUCUUUUUGGAUCUUGAAUCAGGUCUUCAGGAAGUCAAGGAGAGCUUGACCACUCAAGCUUUGAGAGAAGAAGAUGGCGGCAGUUCUGAAGAAAAGCAUGAUGAUGAUGUUCCACAAGUCUGCUGCCAAAAGGGGAAACACUUGCUCAUUUUAGAUGAACAGAUAGGUCUAAUGUGCAAGUAUUGUUCCUUUGUGCAUCGGGAGAGGAAGUACAUUCUGCCCUCAUUCGCUACUAAAACAGGAGUGAGGCGAUACACGAAAUCCUAUGGUGGAUUAGAUCUUCUCUCAACUGAAGACCUCCCAUUUUCUGGUGGUGCUGGAAACACUCAAUGCACUUCAUCUAUCCAUGGAGGAGGGACGGUAUGGGACGUCCUUCCUCUGGGUACUAAAGAAGCAAUGUAUCCACAUCAACGUGAGGGGUUUGAGUUCCUGUGGAGGAACAUUGCCGGUGAUAUUCACAUUGAGAACCUGCAGAAGCUUCAGUCCAAUGGUGGGAAUGGUUGCAUAAUCUCACACGCACCUGGUACCGGUAAAACCCGCCUCACCAUAACGUUUCUCCUUUCGUUCAUGAAACUCUUCCCCUCUUGCCGUCCAAUAAUAAUAGCUCCACGGAGCAUGCUUCUCACGUGGGAAGAGGAGUUCAGAAAGUGGGAGGUCGAUGUUCCCUUCCACAAUGUGAACAACCCAUCCCUGUCAGGAAAUGAAAACGGGACAGGAUUUGGUUUUCCGAACGAACCCAAAGGAAUAGAAUCCAAACGUAUGCUCAAGUUGUGUUCUUGGGCAAAGGGUUCAGGCAUUUUGGGAAUUUCGUACCGGCUGUUUGAGCAGCUAGUAAGGGUCAAGGAGAAUGAAGAUGAUGACGAGAGGGUGAGGAAGAUUCUCCUUAAAGUUCCCAGCCUAGUAGUGCUUGACGAAGGGCACACCCCACGGAAUGAUGACAGCCUCAUUUGGAAUGCUUUGUCAAGACUAGAAACAACACGGAGAGUAAUCCUGUCUGGAACUCCUUUCCAGAACAAUUUUGACGAGCUGUAUAACACUUUGUGCCUCGUUUGCCCGAAAUACGUGCAGAGGAGGAAUUCUGGGAAAAAAAUAUGGGAUCGCCUUACUAGCUCUAUAGGGAAGGAUAAAAAUAUUGAUGUCAGGGAGCUUAAGAGUAUUAUUGCCCCACUAGUCCAUGUACACAAGGGAACUAUACUUUUAGAGCGUCUUCCCGGCUUAAGGUCCAACCUGAUCUUCUUGAAGCCAACGACUCUGCAACAAAAUAUGUUUUCUCUGAUUUCAGAGAAGAAAUUCUUCGAGGAAGACUAUCUGAUGACUCGGAUCUCUGUUCACCCUUCACUGGUCAAAGACGUUCCGGACUUCUCUGAGUAUAGGAAUGAGGUGGAAGAUCUUGAGUUAGAUCCGGAUGCCGGAGUAAAGACAGAAUUUGUCUUUGCCUUAAUACGGUUAAGUGAUUUACACAGUGAGAAAGUUAUAGUCUUCAGCCAGUUUCUUGCCCCAAUGGAACUUAUCAAGAAACAGCUGGAAUAUGUCUUCAAUUGGGUUGAAGGAAGAGAAGUUUUGUAUAUGGAUGGGGAUAUCCAUUCAAAAAACCGUCAAGCAUGUAUGAACACGUUUAAUAAUCCCAAAAGUGAAGCAAAAGUGCUUUUGGCAUCAACAAAGGCAUGCUCAGAAGGUAUAUGCCUCGUGGGGGCUUCUAGAGUUGUGUUGCUUGAUGUGGUGUGGAAUCCUUCUGUUAAGAGGCAGGCGUUGAGUAGGGCGUACAGGCUUGGGCAGACGAAGAUCGUGCACGUCUAUCACCUCAUUUCAUCCACAAUGGAGGCUAAGAAGUUUGCGUGGCAGGCCAAGAAGGACUUCAUAUCCGAGUUGGUCUUUUCUACAUCUGCAGACGAGCAGGCUCCUUGUAGCAGCAGCAAAGAAGACAUUCUGGGGUCCGAAGAUAAGAUAUUGGAAGCCAUCGUUCAGCAUCCAAAGCACUGUCGCAUCUUUGAGCGCCUUGUUCAUAAUCCAAAAGAGUUGGAUUCCAUUGACUCGUUUGACUUUGUGGAGUAGUUCUUCUUGUCUUUCUUCAAGUGAGGCUGAUGACUCUCUGCAUUCAAAAGCACUACUGGGUUCAAAAGACUUCAUUUGUAUAUGUUCAGCCUACUCAAAUCUGUUUUGGGAUGCCUCGGUUACAAUCACUUCUCAGCAAACCUUUCAUUUGGAGUGAACUUUUUGUGGCAAUACGCAAUGUCUGGGCACUCACUAACACCAAUGUGUUGGGACCCUGGAUUCUCGCCCGUGUCAAUGUUUAAGAAGAUAUCACUGAAUUGACGUAAGCGUCUAAUGUCAAUGCAGCCUGAAGAAAACCUCAAAUGAUGCAAAUAAAAAUUCCACAUGUGCAUGAACAAGGGAAGUCUUUGUAUAUAUCGUAGUUCACAUUCGUCGGUUUUUUAUGUUUAUAAAUAGUGUCAACAUGUUUUUUGAUUGGGAGAUUUCACAAAAUAGGAGUAAACAGACUUUGGAAUUUCAAAAUAAGACUCCUAUGUUUUUCUUCCCGAAAUAAGAGUAAUAUGACAAUAUUUACUGUCAUCUUCUAAGUUAUUUACGGAGUAUAUGUGCAAGUAUUUACUGCCA